CAAAGACUAAUCAGUCACCAGUUUUUUCCUCUUCCAUCGGCCCCCACCCUUGUACAUCCCACAUGUUCACUGUUUGGGAAACGUUCCCAAGGUCACCCGGAUGAAAUGUGGAUACGUUUCGAACCAUUCGGCAAAACAGUAUAAAUAUGCCUCUUCAUCCAGGAAGAACCGAUCAAGUCGUCGAACGAUUCCGUCCGAAAUAAAGCUUCGAAAUAAUUCGUCUGAGUUACACUCAACAUUCAAACGUUUUCGUGGAUUAUACUCUGUCUGAGGAACAAAACCGUGUUCACGUGAUCUCACAGUCAUAGGCAUCUAUGAGACUGCCGACAGGCCCCCUACUAUUCAUAGUCUUUUACUGGAGCUUCACUAGCGCAAUGCAAGCUGGUCUCAGAAGAUAUCCAAUGAAGUUCUCCAAAAGUUGUCCGGAUGAAGACUAUCGAUUUGACCCAAAAACCGGCACCUUUUUGUGCGUCGUCCCCACGGCCAAAUUGUGCUUUGAACUCUGUCAAUCGAUCGGUUGCAACGAGUGGUUCUUUGCGAAUAUGAUCAGCACACGAAAUGAAACUGUACUCCCGUAUCAUCGCUGUCGAUGUGUACCACAACUUCGGAUGUGUCUUUACAAUCCAGUGCCACGGGCGUAUCGUGACUUUGAUUGAACUUCACCAGCACCACUCAUCACCUGCACAUUUUGCAGGUUGAUGCUCGUCUCCAUUCCACUAAAAUACAGAUUUAUAAAUGCAGUGAAACUUAUGAAUUCCCGGUAUUUACCCCCACCUGUAAGUGGCAUCCAGAUCUUUUGCUUUCAGAAAUGGCACCUACGCGAGUGCGUCCCAUAUUUUUGAGCGUUUUCUAUUAGAUGGGUUUAUUAUGGAUGAUAUUUGUUGUCAGGUGACAACGUUUAAUCGAUUUUUUUUCCACGCAAAACAGAAUGGGGUUAUGAGAAGACUUACUUACUUCCUCCAUUUCUACCUUUGACCAAUAUUCUAUCAUGUAUUUUGCUGCCUUCGUGGUUCUGCAUACCAUUCUCAGUGGGUCUCUGACCGCAGUCAGGAACAGUUACAUUUCUUAUUUUCUUGUUUUAUCUAAACCAGUAACUAUUCAGCUGUCGAUCGAUAUUAUUUCAUUCGUAUUCUCCUUUGUAUCAUCACUCAAAAGAGCUUUUCAACCUAUACGUUUCCGGCACUUGGAUAUUUUAAAAACGAAGUUGGACAAUACGGUGUCCAUUUGGUCUCAUUAUCGUG